AUGGAGCUGGAGAUAUCCGGGUCGACGAGAUUGAUGAGCCGUUUUGUAGAGAAGGAGAGGUUAAGAUUCGACCUGCUUUUGUUGGGAUUUGCGGGAGUGGUAUGUCUGUUUCUGGCUGUUCUGAGGAUAUACGCUGACGAUGCAGAUCUGCAUGAGUAUAUGAGCGGACCGAUUCUGAUCCCUAAAGAACCCCAUAAUAUCACAAAGACCAAGUUUCCUGUGACUUUGGGGCACGAGUUUGCGGGUACCGUGGAGGAAGUGGGAGACGGCGUGACGAAUGUCGCUCCAGGACAGAGGGUGGUGGUGCGGCCGACUAUUUAUGACGGUUGCUGUAAUUCGUGUAAAUUGGGAAUUGAGUACUGCUGUGAGAAUAUCGGGUUUAUCGGGUUAUCUGGUGAGCAUCGCUCCCUCUUUUCCCGACAGCAUAGAGGCUAA